CGCUGCGCUCAGGCCGCUCCAGCGGGCGGGGCCGGGUCCCGCCGCUUCCCCGAGUCGGACUCGGAGCCGCCCGGAGCGAAGCGGCCGGGAGCGGAGCCGGGAUGGAUGACAUCUUCACGCAGUGCCGGGAGGGCAACGCCGUGGCCGUGCGCCUCUGGCUGGACAACACUGAGAACGAUCUCAACCAGGGGGAUGACCAUGGAUUCAGCCCCCUGCACUGGGCCUGCCGUGAGGGCCGCUCCACCGUGGUGGACAUGCUCAUCAUGCGGGGCGCCCGCAUCAACGUUAUGAACCGCGGUGACGACACCCCGCUGCAUCUGGCGGCCAGCCAUGGGCACCGGGACAUUGUGCAGAAGCUGAUCCAGUUCAAAGCAGACAUCAAUGCAGUGAAUGAGCAUGGGAACACGCCGCUGCACUACGCCUGCUUCUGGGGGCACGACCAGGUGGCUGAGGACCUGGUGAGCAGCGGGGCCCUUGUCAGCAUCUCCAACAAAUAUGGCGAGAUGCCUGUGGACAAGGCCAAGGUACCACUGCGCGAACUGCUGAAAGAGCGUGCAGAGAAGCUGGGCCAGAGCCUGACCAAGAUCCCCUACAAGGACACCUUCUGGAAGGGCACCACUCGCACGCGGCCCCGAAACGGGACCCUGAACAAACUGGCCGGUAUAGACUUCAAGCAGCUGAGCCUGGGCCACAAACUCAACGAGAACCAGUCAGGAGAGCUGUGGAAGGGGCGCUGGCAGGGCAAUGACAUCGUUAUCAAAGUGAUGAAAAUUCGGGACUGGACAACACGGAAAAGCCGAGACUUCAACGAGGAGCAUCCCAAGCUCCGGAUCUUCUCACACCCCAAUGUUCUGCCAGUGCUGGGGGCCUGCCAGUCACCCCCCGCCCCGCACCCAAUCAUCAUCACGCACUGGAUGCCGUACGGCUCCCUCUACAACGUCUUACACGAGGGGACGAACUUUGUGGUGGAUCAGAUGCAAGCAGUGAAGUUUGCCCUGGACAUCGCCCGGGGCAUGGCCUUCUUGCACACACUGGAGCCCCUCAUCCCACGCCACAAUCUCAACAGCCGCAGCAUCAUGAUCGACGAGGACAUGACGGCGCGUAUCAGCAUGGCCGACGUGAAAUUCUCCUUCCAGUGCCCAGGCAGGAUGUAUGCCCCAGCCUGGGUGGCGCCUGAGGCACUGCAGAAGAAGCCAGAGGAAAUCAACCGGCGCUCGGCGGACAUGUGGAGCUUUGCAGUGCUGCUGUGGGAGCUGGUGACACGCGAGGUGCCCUUCGCAGACCUGUCCAAUAUGGAGAUUGGCAUGAAGGUGGCACUGGAGGGGCUACGCCCGACCAUCCCGCCUGGCAUCUCCCCACACAUCUGCAAGUUGAUGAAGAUCUGUAUGAAUGAGGACCCUGCAAAACGGCCCAAGUUCGACAUGAUCGUCCCCAUCCUGGAGAAGAUGCAGGAGAAAUAGGGGCCAGCCCCCUGCUGCUUGCUGCUGCCAAGCUGCCCCCACCCCAUCCAAGUGCCUUCAGGAGGUGCCCCGCCCUUCCCAGCAGGCGGUGCUGGUGCUUUCCCAGACCCUGCAACCUGAGCCGGCCACAGACACAUGGUACGGAUGGUGCUGUCUCCCCUGGAGCCGCCCUGCAAGCUUCCUGCUCCAGCCACCAACCCUGAGGCUCCCAGGACCCACUGCACAACAGCCACUUCCACCCUUCCCCACAACUGUGGGUACAGGCUGGCCCUGGGGCCUGGCCUGAGCCAGCACCUGCUAAGGGGUGAGGGUGGCUAUUAGUCACAAGGCUAAGGUCAGGCCUUGGAGCCACCCAGCACCUUACGCCUCUCCUCGCUUUCACAGGCACAGAACGACACCUCACCCCUCUUAAUAUUAUAUAUAAAUUACCCCCAUCCCAGUGCCCUCCUCUCAGGACAGGGCCUCACUUGUCUGCCUGCACCUAGUGCUGUUCUGGCUUUGUGCUUCACCUUUUAAAGUAAUUUCCAACCAGGCCACAUGGAAGAGCUGCCAGCUGAAAUAAACCUUUUGUUAUGAAAACUAGCCCUGUGUGAUUCACCCAGCAAGAACACUGUCCCCAAAGAGAAUCUCAAGGAGUUCUUGGGGCGCAGGGCUCUGGCCUGUUAGAGAGGGGGUCAGGCUAGAUGUUCACAAUGAGCCUGUCUGGCCUUGGAUGGGCGGGGGGGGGGGACACAAAUCCUCCGGCUGUCCUCUGGGGCACAGGGCUCUCCCUGCUGUGACCCCCAGAGCUGGGGGUGCCCCUAGCUUAGUGUCCUCUGGCCUGCGAUCCCUUCCCAGCCUAGAACUCAGAGGGAGUUGCAGGAGUUUUGAGGAGGAGCUGAGCUCAGCUCUUGCUGCAUGCUGAUCCUAGAGCACUGCUUACCCCUGUGGGACCAGGUGGGAGCACAUGGCCAUGCACACACAGCUGGCAUGUCUCUCUCCCAACUAUGGGGUGGGGCCAGCCCCUCAUUCCACAUACCUGGCACAGGCAAUGAGGAGCCUCAGAGCAGGGCAUGGGGAGCCCCCAAGGUUCAGCCAUUUGGCCUGCAGGGCCCAUGCAACAGCAGCACCAUCUGUAGCAUCCAGAGGUCAAAUGCAUCCACCAACCAGCCCAAGGCCCCAAACCCCAAAAUGUGUUAGACACAGAACCCAGGAUGGGGGAGUUCUCCAGCCUGCUACCCUCCCCCCACAAGCGUGUGAGAAUGAGGUUAGCUCCCCUGCACUGACAUACAGCACCUGCGCCAAUCCACAUUCUCCAUUCCCAGAGCAGAGCCUGAGGGGCUGUGUGUCCCAC